CGAAGUUCCGAGAAGACAUCAAUAUUAUUAGUAUGCAAGAUAAAUUUACUAAAAUUAAAUAAUAUCAGGUGGUGUUUAAAGUUGAAUCUGUUACUUGUAAUCAACAUGUACAGUUUAUUACCGCAUUUCGACACCCCAUCGGAAUUACUGACCCUUCCUGUUGAAUUAUGGUUGAAUAUAUUGAGAAUGCUCGAUCCCAUAUCGUUAUUGACCGCCGUUCGCGCAUGCCCGGCUUGGAUGAGAAUUUCCGAGGAUGACUCGAUUUUGAAGAAAACACUCAAAACUGCUCGUAAAUUAGAAGUGAAACUGGCUCUGGAAAUAAUCCACGGAUCGUUGCAGAAACGCGUAAAAACCCAUCCGAACAGGAUCGAUGAUUUAACGAAAUAUCAAUUUCGCUUGUUGCCGAUUUACAUGAAUCCCGUUGAAAUUUUGACGAGGCGCAGAAGGACCAAAAGUCGAAAAGAUCCGGCUUGUAAUGUUGAUAAGAAAUUCAUUCAUUGUAGAAUUUGAAUAUGUAGGUACAGGCGUAUCUACAAUUGUAUUUUGACGAUAAUAUUUCUGUUGAUAUCGAUACAUUGUUUGACGAUAAAAUAAUUAAUUAUUCGAAUAUUA